AUGUCAGAGAUCAUGAAGGAUAAAGCCACCCGCUUGGCCAAGAACAGAGGCAGCACAUCUUCUUUGGGGAGCCAUGAGAUCAGAGCAAAGGAUUUCUUUGGAAGAAACAAAGACUCUGUAAGUACUGUGUCAUAUAUGGAUGAACCUGGCCACCAUGAAGAUAGCCUGCGUCCAGCUAUUCAGAUGGAGAACACAUACCGAUUAGGUCCUACAAAGUAUUUCCCAGUCACUGCUGUGAAUAACAUCUUGAAGGAUGUGGUAGUAAGUUAUCUACAGGAAGAACAAUAUGAAGCAGAGUUGUGCAGGCAAAUGACUAAAACUAUAUCUGAGGUAAUAAAAGCCAGGAUAAAAGACCUGAUGGUACCAAGAUACAAAAUUAUUGUGAUUAUAUACAUUGGACAGCUAGGUAAACAGAGCAUGCAGAUUGGAAGCAGAUGCCUUUGGGACACUACAAGUGAUACUUUUUCUUCAUAUUCUUUUAAAAAUAGAUCAUUGUUUGCUCUUGCAAAUGUCUAUGCCCUUUACUCUGAAUGA